GCGCUCGAGCUGAGCAUGAGGACGGGCGCGGAGGCGCUGCACGACGCCCCGCUCCAGCAGAGCUCCGAGGGGGCGGAGCGGGCGGCGGGCGCCGCGGCCGCGGCCGCGCGCGCCGAGGCGGACGCGGCGGAGGUGGCGCGCUACGAGGCCGCCCUCGCGCAGGCAGAGGCGGCCGCGCGCGAGAGGGCCGAGGCGGAGAGGGAGGCCAGGGCCCUCGCCGAGGCGUCGGGGCUCGAGACGGCGGUGAAGGAGGCGGCGGCCAAGGCGGAGGACGCGGUGCGGGCGAGGGCCGCGGUGGAGGCGCUGGGGAAGGCUGCGGCCCGGGCGAGGGCCGAGGCGGCGAAGAGCGCGAAGGAGCAGCAGGCGGCGCAGGCGGAGGAGGCGUCGGCGAAGGCCGCGGCGGAGGCGACGGCGAACGCUGCGGCUCUCGCGCAGGCCGCGGCGCUGGAGGAGGCC